CAUCAUGACUUAUAUACCCAAAAAAAAUUCCUAUUAUUCACGCUCCCAUACAGCUAUGAAUCUAAUAAAUAUGGACUCGGAGAAUAGGGUGGUAUUAAAUGUAGGCGGCAUCCGACACGAAACAUAUAAGGCAACCCUGAAAAAGAUACCGGCCACAAGGUUGUCCAAACUGACUGAAGCCCUGGCCAAUUAUGAUCCGCUGCUGAAUGAGUAUUUUUUCGAUCGGCAUCCGGGCGUAUUUGCACAAGUGCUAAAUUAUUACAGAACCGGAAAACUGCAUUAUCCCACGGACGUAUGCGGUCCACUGUUCGAAGAGGAGCUGGAAUUUUGGGGUUUAGAUUCAAAUCAAGUAGAACCAUGUUGUUGGAUGACCUACACCCAGCAUCGUGACACUCAAGAAACCCUAGCCGUAUUAGAUCGCUUAGACCUCGAUACAGAAAAACCGUCCGAAGAGGAAUUAGCUCGAAAAUUUGGUUUCGAAGAAGACUAUUACAAGGGAACAUUAUCGUGGUGGCAGGAAACGAAACCACGAAUAUGGUCAUUAUUUGAUGAACCAUAUAGCUCGAAUGCGGCCAAGAUAAUUGGUGUCGUAUCGGUAUUCUUUAUAUGCAUUUCAAUAUUGUCGUUCUGCUUGAAAACCCACCCGGACAUGAGGGUACCCUAUGUCCGUAACAAUUCAGUGCAGACGGCCAAUGGCAGCUCCGGCUGGUUUCUGGAGAAGACACAAACAAAUGCCCACAUAGCUUUUUUCUACAUUGAGUGUGUCUGUAAUGCCUGGUUUACCUUUGAGAUAUUAGUCCGUUUUAUAUCCUCACCCAAUAAAUGUAAUUUCAUCAAGUCAUCUGUCAAUAUCAUCGAUUACAUUGCCACCCUGAGUUUCUACAUCGAUUUGGUGUUGCAACGUUUCGCCUCACAUCUGGAGAAUGCCGAUAUUUUGGAAUUCUUCUCGAUCAUACGCAUUAUGCGACUAUUUAAGCUGACACGGCACUCGUCGGGAUUGAAAAUAUUAAUACAAACAUUUAGAGCCUCUGCCAAAGAAUUGACACUGCUGGUAUUUUUCCUAGUCCUCGGUAUUGUUAUAUUCGCCAGUCUGGUCUACUAUGCGGAACGCAUACAAACGAAUCCGCACAAUGAUUUCAACAGUAUACCGUUGGGUCUGUGGUGGGCGCUGGUGACGAUGACCACAGUCGGGUAUGGUGAUAUGGUGCCAAAGACCUAUAUUGGCAUGUUUGUGGGUGCGUUGUGUGCUCUAGCCGGUGUGCUAACCAUUGCACUGCCAGUGCCCGUUAUUGUCAGCAAUUUUGCCAUGUACUAUUCGCAUACACAGGCACGUGCUAAACUGCCAAAGAAACGUAGACGUGUGCUUCCGGUUGAACAGCCCCGUCCACCAAGGCUGCCAGGCCAAUCAGGAGGUGUCAGUGGCUGUGGUACACCUGGUUCGGGACCAAAUUCAGGCCCUAUGGGCUCCGGCGGUACUGGACCCAGACGUAUGAAUAAUAAGACCAAAGAUUUAGUGAGUCCUAAAUCAGGUCCCAUUGGUGCCAGUAUUGUUGCCAUGAGUCCUCGCACCAUGCUUGAUCUAAAUCCCGCUUUGGCCAUGGUCAAACCGACCUUUGAAUCCCGUGGACCACCCAUUACAUCGAAAGACUUUAAGGAUACGGAUAAGAAUACAACGGAUGCAUCAAAGAAAAACUUUUUAUAGAAUUAUUAAAAAAAUCAACAAACAACAA